UCACCAGUUCUCAAAAAGUUUUCUGCAUAAUCUGAUUUUGGUGGCUCCGAAAGGAUUUUUCUCAAACAGCAUCCUUAGGAAAUCAGAGGAUACUAUUGAUACAGAACAGGCAGAAGUAGUUCCUUACCACCUGAUGCUUUGAAAAGCUUGGUUGUUUGUUGCACUCACAUUUGUAUCACUUUUGUUCUCUUCACAAAAAUAUUCAGGUGUUCUUUGAUGUGAAGAUUGGAGACAAAGAUGUGGGCAGAAUUGUAAUUGGAUUGUUUGGAAAAGUUGUCCCAAAGACCGUGGAAAACUUCAUUGCGUUGGCAACUGGAGAAAGAGGAUAUGGAUACAAAGGAAGUAAAUUCCAUCGUGUGAUCAAAGACUUCAUGAUUCAAGGAGGAGACUUUACAGUAGGAGAUGGAUCAGGAGGAAGAAGCAUCUAUGGAGAAAAGUUUCCAGAUGAGAACUUCAAGCUCAAACACUAUGGAAUUGGAUGGGUUAGCAUGGCUAAUUCUGGCCCAGACACCAACGGAUCCCAGUUCUUCAUCAGUGUGACAAAGCCCUCCUGGUUAGAUGGAAAACAUGUAGUAUUUGGCAAAGUCCUUGAUGGAAUGUCUGUGGUGCACUCCAUUGAACUCCAGCAGACAGAUGAGCAUGACCGGCCCCUUCAGGACUGUGUGAUUGUGAAUAGUGGCAAAAUAGCUGUAAAGGAACCAUUUGUAGUUGAAGUAGAUGACUGGUGAGAUCAACAGAAAGAAAAGUAAAACUUAAUCAUUUUUCUUUAACACCUGUUUUUUACUGAUCUCCACUGUCCAUUCAGUUUUCUUCUCAAAAAAUAUGAGGCUACAUUUAGGCAGUACUUAGCAUUUGCCAAAUACAUAAAAGAUAUGACCAUUUCUAUAACAACUUGAUGGAGCUUUCACUCCUUAAAAUUCAAGACAUACCCCACUAAAUUCUAGAUCUUGCAGAAAAAGUCUUUCAUGAAAAAGUAUAGCAGUAAUUCUAUUUUUCUCAAGGCUUAAAACAAAAUCCUUUGUUUUCUUUGGAAAUUUUAGCAAUAUUUGUUUCCGUCUUUUCAACUGAAAAUAUGUUCUGUAACACUACCAGCAUUUUUAAAAAUUAAAAAAAAAAAAGUAAAA